AUGACUCUCGAAGUCGGAGUCGUUGGUGCCGGCAUCAUCGGGCUAACCACAGCCGUCAGGAUCAUCGAGAGCGUGGAUGAGGUCCGGGUGACCGUCAUCGCGGAAUCCUUGACGCCUCACACGACGGCCGACGCAGCCAUGGGGUACUUUGGAACCUACCUGACCGACGGCAUCAGCGACGAGAAACUCAGGGAUUGGUGCGUGGAAAGCUACAAUUUUUACCUCCAACUGAUUAGGACGCAACCCGGGGAACAAACAGGGUUGGCGUUAACUCCGGCUUACAGCUACAGCCAGACCUAUGCUCCCAAGCCCCUGUACGCCGAAGCAUACUUGGCGUACAGAGAUCUAACCCAGGAGGAACUGUCAGCAUUCCCAGGCAAUUAUGAGUAUGGAACCUACGCUCUUGCCAUUACUUUCGCCUGCAACAAGCUGCUUUCUUACCUUAUGGAAAGGUUACUGCAAAAAGGCGGUCGUUUCGUCAGCAAGAAAGUGACCAGUUUCAAUGAACUUGCUGAUGACUACGAUGCCAUCGUAAACUGUACCGGACUUGGGGCAUCGUUUCUGGUCCCUGAUCCUGAUGUCAUCCCCGUUCAAGGGCAGACAAUUAAGGUUUCCGCUCCAUGGAUCAAGCAUGCAACCUUCGUUGAGAAAAAAUGUAGCGUUUGUCCGACGGUCGACUACGUCAUCCUGGGUGUAAGCUCUGUACCUGGAGCAUCCUCGCUUGUUCCUGAUCCAGAAGUUGCCAAAACUAUUUGGACUAAUUGCCUGGAACUCGUACCGAGCUUAAAGGAUGCCAAAAUCCUGUCUCACCAGGUGGGACUCAGACCGUACAGAAAACCUAUUCGACUGGAAAUCGAGAACCGCGUAAUUGAAAAGUCGGGAAAAACACUACCCAUUGUUCAUAACUAUGGUCAUGGUGGUUUCGGAAUUACCGUGUCUUGGGGAGCUGCAGGCGACGCGGUGAAGCUCCUCCAGGACGUCAUUCGAGACAACAACUUGACAAGACAAUAA